AUGCCUCCAUUUCCUCUCCUCUGUCUUCCUCGAUUGGUCCUGUGCGAAGUAUUCAGAUCAUUGAAUAUCGAAGAGAAAAUUAAACUCUCUAUCUGCUCCAAGAAAAUCUCUUUUCAAAUCAAUGAUGAUCGUAUGUACUCUCAAAAAGUUAUAGCCAAUCUGGACAUCUCAAAACAAGAAAUCAGAGUUCACUCUGAAAAUGACGAAGAUGCAUUUAGAGUCUCUAUUCAUUUUGAUAUCGGGAAAAGACACCAUUCAAAUACUCAACAAUGUUCUAUCGCAUGUCGUACUGUAAGAGUUAUGUCUACCCGAAAAAAAUUCAAAACAUUCUGGAAGACUUAUUUGGAAGGAUUUCUAUUUGUUAUUCAACAUCUAUUAAAGACAUUUCAAUGCAAGGUUUCUACUAGUUUUAACUGUCGUGAUAGUGAUGCAUUUCAACCAACAAUUUCAAUGUUGUUUGAUCUACAAGUGGAAUUCGAAACGCUCUGUAUUCACUUUGAAGGAUCAAAGGAUGAAAACUUGUUGUGGAACCAAAUAUCCAGUAAUUUGGGACUUGUUGAGUAUCUUACCAUCUCAUUUGUUCCUAAUAUUGAUUUCACACCAGUUUUCACUUCAUGGCCACAAAACAUUUGGAUCAUGAAUUCCGUUUGGUUUACUCUGGAAUCUCUUUUGACAUGUCCAUGCACUACAAUCACACUAUGGAAUUCUAACCUGGAAAACAAGGAUUUGGAUGAGAUUUUUAGAAAAUGGAGAGCUGGAGGGUUACCAAAUCUGCAACGUCUGGCGAUUAUAAGUCUUAGCUUCGAAGCCAAUGGAGAACAAAUUUUUGGAAUGAAUAUGAGCGAAUUAGACGGAAUGGUUAUCAAAACUGAUGAUGAUAAUGGAAAUCAUGUUUUGGGAAGGAAUUUGUGGGAGUUAGAUGAAAUGGUUAUCGAAACUGAUGACGGAUCAAAGAAGGCAACUAUUGAACUUGGCCUCCUCUGGAUGAUCGAAAUUUAUGUGACUCCAUUUGAAUAA